UUUAGCACCAAGAGCUACCCCUCUGCCGACCGCCGUCUCUCUCUCUCUCUCUCUCUCUCUCUCUCUCUCUCUCUCUGUGUGCAAAAUCUAUCCGUAGCCCAGCUUUAGCAUCUUCCAAUUCUAGGGUUUUCCUUGUCCCAACAUCCCCGACUCCACUUCUUCAAGUAGAAAUUCAAUCAGAGCUCUUCUCGCCUUCCCAAACCUGAAAAAGGUGCCAUCUUUCCAAUUCAACAAUCCUGAUUACAGAAACUGUAAUCCGAAUACUGCAUACAGUCCGCUCCCAUGGCGGAUUCUGACAACGAAUCCGGCGGGCAUAACAACAGCAAUGCCGCCCUAAGCAGCGAUUAUUCAUCUCGCGAACAGGACCGCUUCCUCCCCAUCGCCAACGUUAGCCGAAUCAUGAAGAAAGCCCUCCCGGCCAACGCCAAGAUCUCCAAGGAUGCAAAAGAGACCGUUCAGGAAUGCGUAUCUGAGUUCAUCAGCUUCAUCACCGGCGAGGCCUCUGAUAAGUGUCAGCGCGAGAAGCGCAAGACCAUUAAUGGUGACGAUUUGCUAUGGGCCAUGACCACCCUUGGCUUCGAGGAGUAUGUUGAGCCACUUAAGAUCUAUCUGCAGAAAUUUCGUGAGAUGGAAGGAGAGAAGGUGGGGGGUAGCAGCUCUCAGUCGCAGAAGGAUGGAGGGAGUGGUAAUGGAGGAAAUGGGGGUGUGGGUGGUGGUAUGGGGAUGGGAAGCAAUGCAGGGGGAUUUGCAAGUGGUGCUGCGGGGAUGUAUGGUGGUGGUGGGAUGAUGAUGAUGGGUCAGCAGAUGUAUGGGUCUGCACAGCUGCCUUCUUAUCAUCAUCAGCAACAGCAGCAGCAACAACAACAUCAUCAACAGAUAGCUAUGAGUGGGGGUGGUGGUUGGAGUUCUUCACCAACGUCUAGUGAUCGGCAGGGGAGGAUUUGAUUGGAUUUCUAUCAGGUGAUAUAUAUUUUUUUAGGGGCUUCCCUUGUGUUUGACUCUUGUUUCUGCGGAUAUAUGUGAAUUUGGUAAUAUUUUGGUGAUAUUAUAGUAGUAUUAUUAUAGUCGAAUAUCAUCACAAUGCUAUCAAAUAUCGCCAAAUAACAUCACAAUACUAUCAAAUAUCAUCAAAUACCACCAAUCCACAUGUGCAGAUUCUAUAGGUAAUGUUCCCUCUGUUUUGUUGUGUUUUGUCUUUUUAUUGAAGUGAUAUUACAUGCAGAUAGGGAAUGUGCGGAUUUGAUAGUAUUGUGGUGGUAUUGUAGUGAUAUUCAUUAUUCAUCAUAAUACCAACACAAUAUCGUCGUAAUAUCAUCACAAUACUACCAAUCAGCGCGUACAGAUAUUGCAUGUAAUUUUUCCUUUUGUUUAUGGGGCUACGUGUUGGGAUAUAGAAUGUAUUGUUAUUGGUAUAGAAGAACCUUGUUGAAGGAUGAGAUCUGUAACAUAAUGGUUUCCUGCUCCUGGAAUUAUCAUGCGGAAGAGUUGAAGUGAAAUAUGUAAAUUUGAUGCUGAAAGACGUGUUAGUGGCCA